ACACCGCCUCGGGCUCAUAGAAAGUUUUUAUUUCGUACUACAGCCAUUAACCCGAAAUGGGCAAUGUGUAGAUUUGGGAUCUAAUGAUUUAACUUCAACUUUAAUAUGUCAUUUAAUGUGAAUACAGUUUAAUUGUGUUAACGUGUACAUUUUUAUUUCUUGAUUGGAUAAUAUAUUGGUCUAGCACUUAUUCAAUUUAGAACUAAUUGAAAUUAAUUUACCUACUCGGAUUUAUACUUGUGUGCCAAGCACAUAACAGUGGGAACAAUUUCAAGAUGGAGGCCACGGCGCUUUGGGAUUUUGAAGCAACACAAACAGACGAAAUGAGUUUUAAAAAAGGCAAUAAACUAUGUGUAAGUUGUACUCGUCCGUCUAAUUAUUGUGGUAUACAUUAAUUCAUUCUUUAUUUAAAUGACUGCGUCUGUUGUAUAGCUUAUAAGCGUUUAUUCAGGAUUUUUUCUUCUUAGGCUUUCAAUGAGGCCCGAAUUAUUAUCAGUAUCACGUAGCCCAUAACGAACUUCCUGGUUGAUUUUGACAUAAAUGAAUUCUAAGUUGUAAAUAAACCUGUUUUUAUUACUUAUUAUUUUCAGAUUUAAGUGUUAACAUUGGCGAAUAAGAAAAUUUAAUUUCUCUCUAGGCAGUCUUGAGUCCAGGCCUUGGCCUAUCAAAUUUAAUAACCUAAUACUAAUACUAAUACUAAUUUAGUAUUAGUAGUAGUAGUCUAAUACUAAUUUAAAUUUAGUAUACUAUUAGUAGGCCUACUAAAAUAUAACUAAGACUAAGUCACUAAACUAAGCCUACAAAAUGCAUAUUAUUUUUUAAAUAAAUGAUAAGAGCUAGCUGCCUAGAUUUACAUAAAUUUGAACUCUCUUAUUAUUUCUUUGUUAUUGUUAAGUAUUCUGUGUCAUUUGACUAGACCCGUGGGCAUGUUUUUUUUUUUCAAGCUGUUGAUUUUCUGCUGAGGCUCAUCUCAUGAAGUAGUGGCAGUAGUUGUAGGCUGUUGAUGCUUCACUGCCAUUAUCAUGCCUACUCAAUAAUAUAUUGCAGACCUGUUUACUCGUACGAUUUUGACGUACAAUGUACAAUUUUGAGGUGUAUACAUUAUAUACACUGAUGUUUAUUUUACUAUUAAGAUAAUGUAUUGAUUGAUUUUUUGAUGAUAUUGUACGAUUUUAAGAGUUUGAGGGUAAACAGGUCUGAUAUUGUAUCUCAUGUAGACAUGAAGUUCAGUCCUUUCUUUGAAUUGGUCUAGAUUUUCUGGCUCCACCUGGCCAUGCCUUAAAUGCUGAUUUGGUUAUUCUUAUUGUUCACCUUUGCAUCAAUUGAGAGUGAGAAGGAUAUGGGGGACCCAAUGUAAUGAUGUUCUUAACAACUUCCAGGUUCUAACCCCCCCCCCCCCUACUAUAAUGCUCCCCUUCCAUUAUGGUCCCAGUGCAAGGAUUAAAUUUUUGGCAUCAUAGGGGUACUAACCAGUUUCUUCAGUGAGUUUUUUGUUUUUUUUUUUGCUGGCAUCCAUCCGUCACUAUGUGAUGAUGCUGAAGACUUCGCUGGACGAAAUCCACAAGGCCUAGGAUUGUUCUUCUAGGAUUAUAAGCUGGUUCCCAACUGCAAAUUGCCUCUCUCCACGCUGCUGGAUGACCCAAGGGAAAAUCAUGUGGAUGAUACAGCUUGUCACCAGUGGCGUCAAAGUUGUUGGAAUGUUUCAUUGUAUCAAUGUUAUCCACCUAAAGGACUCCAUCUUUGGGUUUGAAUUCAGAGUUUCCUUCUCAUAGAUGAGUUGCCAUCCAAGAUUAACGAGUCCCAUCCACCCGGGUUGCUGGUGAAGUUUUUGCUUGACUGGGCUUUUGGCUGGAAUUGAACUCCAGACCAUCAACUUGAGAGUUAGACCACUCAGCACCCCAAUUAUAUUAAUAAUAGACUAUUAUCACUGCAAGGGGUUGUUCACAAAUUACAGCAUGCUCGGGUGGGGGAUUGAGAAUUUGUGACACUUUGUGAUGGGGGAGGGGGAUGUCAAAAAAUGUUUGCUUUUUUCUUUUUUUAAAAUCUAAAAUUGUCUAAUUUUGAAAAAUCUUUAUUCAAUUAAUUUGUAAAAACAUUAAUUUGGGAUUGAAAUUGCCUCAGGUAUUCCUAUAAGUAUUGCCUAUAAGUAACGUAAACCCUUUCGCGCACACUUUCUGGGCAUAUAGAAAAAUAACGCAAAAACUGUUGUGGCCAUUUUACUUUCGACGCAGAGAGGACUUUGUUGUUUUACGUCCCAGUUUUCUAAUACUACUAUAUUUUAAUCCAUUAUGGGAAAAUGUUAGAGAAUAUAAAAAAAUCUUAGUUUAGUUAUGCAAAUUUUAUGUAUGUUUUGAAUUUUUUAGGUGUGAUGUGACCCGGGGUGGUUGGGUGUAAAGAAUUUGUGACGGGGGUCGGGGGGGUCUGGAAAGGUCAUUUUUUAGUGUGACGUAAUUUGCAAACGACCCUCAAGUAGAUGCUGCAGCUCAAUAGUAUUGACAAUACUUCUAAUUAAUUUUAAAAUUAUAUUAAACGGCCUCAAUUAUUUACUAAACAUAUUUUAAUUUCACAAUACAUACAUAAUAAAUGAUAUGUGGGCCAAGUAGUGAGCUAAAUUAAUCUGUAAUCGAAUUAUUAGGUCAUCAUAGCAAAGCUAAUUUUGAUACAUCAAAAAAGUUCCAUUGUGCUAUGAAGAAAAAUGAUUUUUUAAAUAGGAAAACUCUUAUUAAUUCAAGUUCUUUCAUCUGACUUUAAAAGUAGUUUUAAUAUCAUUGUUGAUGUUGGUUUAAAACUUUCACACAGAUUAUGAGUAACGAGGAUGGUGGAUGGUACAGAGCUAUCAUGGGAAUGCAGACAGGAUUUAUUCCAGCCUCUUACAUAAGAAUGGAACCACAUGAGUAAGCUAUUUACAAAUUUAAAAAAAAAAAAAUUAUUCAAACUAAAUACAGAGACUUAUAUAUUAUUAUGGACAACUUUAUUCUAUAAUUAUACUUGGUUCAAACUCAUCUUUACUAUUAUAAUGUUCUUUAGGUGUACUUUCUUAAUGUCAGUAAUGAACGGUAAAAUUGACUUACCUCUCUGUUUUGCAAAUAACCUAACACUGGUCACUGGGUUUAUUUAUUUUAGAAACUCCGGAACCAUAAUAGUUUUUAGGAAGAUCAUCUGUAUGUUUUCUAAUUGAUGGUAGUCAAUGCUAAAACACCCUAAAAGGUCAUGUUUUAAGUAACCUUUGAACAUUGUCUCUUCACUUGUGCCAUUUCCCUUUAUUAAAGAUACCUUAAUUUCAUUAGAAUCGUUUUGAAUUUUUAAAAAUAAUAAUUAUUGUUACUGUUUUUAUAUAUAUAUAUAUAUAUAUAUUUAUAAUAUUUUUUUAAAAUCUAUUUUUCAGUUGGUACAGAGAGCCAAUGACUAGAGCAGAGGCAGAGAAAUUUAUACUGCAGAAAACUUCAAGUGGUUCAUUUUCAUUUGUAGAUGGGGCUUUUAUAAUUAGAAAAAGUGAAUCAGACAGAAAUGGCUUUGCCCUCUCAGUAAAGUAAGUCUUUUAUAAUUGUGUUUGGGAUUUUACUUCUAAAUUGUCGGCGUUGAAAUGCAGUAUAAUUAAUGCAAAAAUUUUCUAAUGGAAAUGAAAAAAAAACAUAUUUAUCUGUGUGCUUUAGAUUGAGUGAUGCCAACCGAUAUUUCUUCAUUUCUUUCACACAUUCAUUUUUUAGUUACCCGGUAACUGUAAGUUAAGCUGAGAAAAUUGAAUUUCAGUUAUUGUUAGUAUUAGGUUUGGUUUGACUUGUGAUCACUGAUUCUCAAUUAAUUCAGUUAGAAUUAACUGUAACACACAUUAUUUGUAUUUUUUAAAUUAUGAAAUUAAUGGUAUAUGUGGUUGAAUUCCAUUUUAGCUACAAUUUUUAUUGUUGCAUUAUAGUUGCUUCCUGAUGUUUUAAGUAGGAACUGUCUGUAUGUAUCUAGUCCAGAAGUUUUCUCCAUCCCAUAUUCUGCCAUGUUUCUGUUGUAUUUUUUGUAGACAUGAAGACACAGUCCAACACUUCAAAAUUUUAACAGAUUCCAACAACAAAUUCUACAUUUGGCCCACUGCAGUAUUCCCUUCAAUUAACCAGUUAGUUGAAAAGUACCGUGCUGAAAAUGUAUCUGGCGAUCCAAGGAAGAUAAUAUAUUUAAGAGAUAUCAAACAAGAGGUAUAACAUCUUUUAACAAAAUUUCUUUGGGAAAUAGAGAAAAAAAAAAUUAAGUUCUCCCAUUACAACUAUUACAAGAGAAAUUGUACUAUUUGUAGUUAUACAGCCAACAAUAGGGCUUAAAUGGGUUCAUUUUCUUAUCUAUGUUUUUAACAUAUCCGACAAAAAAUAUAUGUUGUGCUGUUAUAUUCUAAAUACAUUAUAUAUUUGAAAUACUCUUAUAGGAGUGUUAAUGCCAUGUUUUAAUGCCAUAAUCAAAAUGCAGUUUUAUUUUUACACACCAUAUAAAUAUACUUAUUGUAUUAACCACUGUGAAAUUGGUUUUAUAUCAAUUGUGUAAAAUUUGUGAAUGGCAAGAUGAAUAAGGUACAAUUUCCCUUUUUUCUCCAGUUAUAUGAAGCAAUGUAUGAUUUCUCCCCUACUAAUCAAGAAGAGAUAGAACUCAAGAAGGGAGACAUCAUCCGACUUAUAGCAAAGAGUGACCCCAACUGGUGGGAGGGAGAAGUUCGAGGAAAGACUGGAUUCUUUCCAAAAAAUUAUGUCAAAGAAUACAAGUAAACAUAUUGAUAAUUGUUUGAAACAUUGACAGAAAUUUUUUUUUUUCAAGAUAGAGAGUAGUGAAUGCAUGAUUUUUACUUAAGAAACGUACUUAACAAAAGUAAUUUUAUAUUUUUUUUAUCAUACAAAGAAUUGUGUUUAGAGCUUUUUAUUCUAUGACUGGUGAAAAAGAGAAAUUUCAUUAAUUAUUUGUAAAUUUGGAUGGCAAUGUAUGUAAUAGCUGCAGAGUUUCAUGUGUGCUUUCAGUUAGAUAUAUUUUAUUAAAGGUUUAAAGGAUGGUAAAAUUGUCUCAAAGUCAUUUUACACUCUAAGCAUCUCAAAGCACAUUAUGUCAAUGGUCUUAGAGUUAAUGGUUUGAAUAGCACAAACAUCAAUUGGGCUUGGCCCAUUUCCCAAACUAAUUUAGAGUUUGCUUUUCUUAAAUUUUUUAUUGGAGGAAUAGUUGUUGGUGAUUUUAGAUUUUCAUCUCAAAAUUUCUAGGAUUGAUAGAUGAAGCGCUUCUCACCAGCUUUUCAAUAUUUCAUGUCUACUAUAGUGAUAGAACUGUGUUAAGAGUUUAAGCUAUGAAUAGGUAAAAGCCUACUCGUUUUUUGAGUAGUGCAUUUUAUCUGAAGAUAUAUCCACAGAUUCAUGCAUAUAUAUAUAUAUACAAAGGAUGCUUAACUAUCUCAUUAGAAAUUAAAAUGUGGCAUUAACUAUGAUGUCCAUUUCCAAUAAAAACAUUUCAAGUCUUGGGAGAUCUGUAAUAAAAUCAAUUAAUAUAUAUCACCUUGAGUCUUGUCAUCAGCAUUCAUAAAAUAAUUGAGGUACAAUUUUAAAAUGCAUCUAUUUUUUAAAAUGUCAAAUCUCCCUGACACAAGAAGAUAUCACCCCACACAUGGUGUUGGUGUACAUGGCUUGCUAAGUGAGUUAUGGUCACUAAACCUGAUUGGUUAAAAUCAGAUUUCUAAAAGCACUCAUCAGUUUGCCCCAACAAAGGAUUAACAUCCUUAAUAUAUUAAGAAAACAUAUUCAUAUUUAUUUUGUUACUUUUAAAAUUUAUGUAUUGUUAAUGAAAAGUUGUUAUUUUCUGUUAGUUUAGAUGGAUAGAACAUAAAACUGUUUGCUUUGAAAAUGGUAUAUUUUAUGGGAACCUUUAUUUUUGGAAAUUAUAACUCCGGGACUGCAUGUGUGAAACACAAACAUGUUUUUUAAUAGAUGAUUAUCAGUUUUUUUUAAUGACAUGGCUGUUUUAUUCUGCAUUCCUCCAGCACAUAAUGUGGUCAUUUUACACUCUUUGAUGCUUAAAACAGUCACCUCAAAAAAAACAACUCACUCCUUUCACACACACACACACACACACACACACCCCCCCCCCCUGUGAUCCCAAAUGCUAUAUCAUAAGUAUUUGUAUAUAUAUGGCAGAAAUCUUGUAAAUACAUUAAAAAACAACCCCCCCCUUUCACACACACACACACACCCACACACACCCCCCCCCCCCUGUGAUCCCAAAUGCUAUAUCAUAAGUAUUUGUAUAUAUAUGGCAGAAAUCUUGUAAAUACAUUUCUGAAUUUUUCCACCACAGCUGAAAAUUGGUUGACAAAGAGACCUAUUAUUAUUAGCAAAAGAGCUUUAAGACAUAAUUAUUUUUUUUUAAAUAGUUUUUGUAAGUAUUUACAUAUGUAUUCCACAUUUUACAACUGAUAUACUGUACUAUCUUACCAACCAAAAUUAGAGUGAACUUUAAUCAAAACUAAACGUUUGAACAAUUAAUAUGUUAAUAAAAAUGUUAUUCUUACUUUUAUGGAGGUUCUUAGUUGUUAUGACUACAAUGAGGUAAAGUGUUUAUAUUGUUAUUGCUAUAAGUAUGAGUUACGUGGUGUUAAUUUAAAAUGAAUGAUAUGUUUGGCUGGGUCAUGUCAUUUGUGAUGCCAUCAAAAGGAAAGUUGGCUGUUUUUUUAAUUUGUAUGUGAAUGCUGAAACACAACUUUGUCUUCCUAUCCACAGUCAAGCAGAGGGAUUAAUUCAUUAAUAUGUCUUCACUUUGUGAUUAUACCUAGCAAAAACCUGUCUGUGUUAAGGUGUAAUGGAGAUGCCAAAACUACUGUUGCCAUUGAUAUAAAAGAAUGAGUUGGGUGCCUUUAAACCACAUCAUGUUAUUGUUACUGUAUAGCGUUUAUGCUGGGCGUGUACAGAGAAAAUCUAUUUUUUUAAAUGGCACUAGUGGUUGUAUGUUUUUUAUCUUGUGUGUGUGUGUUUUUUUCCUCCUACCCUCUUACAUUAAGGUAUUACUGUACACGAUCUGAUGAAUAAACCUUGACCCAUAUUUCAUUAGACCAAUCAUUGAUAAACAAAUUAGUUAAUAACUGCAGUUGAAGCUGUUGCAGACAGAAGUAAAGUUUAGAGUUGUUGAGCCGGCAAGUCUUCCAUUUAGGCAGUGAGCUCUUGCCUAAUUUGUUAAAGUUAAUGGAAGAUUUCUGCUCAGCCUGUUUUAUUACAUCACUGGUUGCUUUCAGUCGUUAUGUAACACAUUAUUUCUAAUGGGAAAACAAAUAAUAAUUGAUGUGGUCUAUUUUUUUAUUAUCUGACUUUGUUAUUGCUAAGCUAUUGUAGUCAUGAUUCCCCACAAUUGAACCAGAUUUAACAGGUUCUUUCCUACUCCACAAACUGUGAGACAUUGUUACAAGAGACUAUUUCACGGAUGGGUUAUUCACUAAUUUAGGUGCAGCGUGUUGCUCACCAUAGUCCUAGGUUACAUAAAAUUCCUGGAUACACGCUCCCAUUUUUUUAAAUAGAUAGUGCCAAUUAAAUUGUCAUAGAAUAUCUUUUAAGCAUAAUAAGAAUUUGUUGUCAAGCAAGCAUAUUUCAUGUAGAUAAGCAUAACACUCUUUAGCACAACCAUCAUUGUCAUUCUCAAGCAGUUUACUAUCAUAGUUUGGGUGAGAAGCUAGCAUUAUAUCAUUGCCUAACAUGUAUAUUACUUUCAACUUAAUAUGUGGUGGCUUUAAUUAAAUUUUUUUUUUUAUCAAGGUGAGCAAAUUGAAAAAAAAUAUUCAUAUCUGUUUGUGAAUUGUUUAUAAACAUGCUAAAUUUAACUUGAAAGCUGUGUGACAAAAUUUCUUUUGCACUGCACCAACAUAUCAACCUGUACUAUCCAUUGAAGGAAAUUAUUGUGUAUCUGUUUCUUACUUCUGAAGACGACUAGAAUUAAGUCACUACAUAAAUGGGCCCAAUCAAUGAUUUCUUUAAAGAUGAUGUUAUUUAUUUAUUUGUUGUAAAUAUAUUUAGUAUACAUGUCUUACUUCUCAGUUACUGGAAAACAAAUACAAUUUUUUUUAUUUGACAGAGCUUUUUUAAUUUUAGGUCUUUUUGAACCUUCUUUUUUUUUAACUAAAACCUUGCACCCCAAAGAGUGUAAUGAUGAAAACAAGUCAUGCAAAUAAAUUAAAUAAUGGCCUAAUUUUUAUUAAAAUUUAUGCUAAUUCAACAGUUUAAGCAUGUUAUUUUAUUUACUCUUUUUCAACUUGCACAACUGUUUCUAUGGUCAAAUUAUUGGACUCUUCCUAUGGACAAAUUAUUGGCUAAUACUUGGCUGUUAUUUUUAGUUGUUGUUUUUUUCCAUUGACAGCUCUUUUGUUUUGUUGACCCUUGUGUAAUGAGAUGGAACAAAUAUUGUUACAAAUCAACAGAAGUGAACAACUGAUCACUUAUUAAAUUUAAGUUGGCAUAUCAAACUGCUAUAACAAAGAUGUCAGAUCAAGAGACUUAUCAGUUGCAGCUGACAUCUAAUAUUCUUGCCAUAGUUUUGUAUACCAUAAAAGACAAUAUUUAAAAGUUCAAAAAGCACCCAAAGUAUUUUAAGAAACAAAUUUUUGUUGUAGAACAAGUAAUUAAUUUAAACAUCGGCUGGACAGACUAUAGCAGUCCUGAUCCCAACACAGGUAGCACCUUUCACAACAUGAGCACUGCCACAGCAUUGAUGUCAUCCAUAAUAACCAUAUUGUUGGUGGUAAGUGCAUACUCUUUAUCAGAAUUGCCAUGUUUGCCUCUAAUUUUUUUUUUUUUUAUGUCUCUUGUAACACUUGGUUUCUUUUUCCCCCCGUACUAUUUUUAAUUAUGAAAAUGAACACACUGGCUGCUUGACUAAAAUAAAACCUCAUAUUUUUAUUAAAACCAUAUUUCAACUGCUGUGUGAAUAUAAUGCGUUUGAUCUUUAGAAUUGUCUGUUCAUCACUUAUUUAAUUUAAAGUUUGUAAACGGAAAUUAAGUAAAUGUUUUGGUAAAAUCAAUCUAGCACAUGUCCACAUAUUUAGAAGUGUAUAAAGAAUAGUUCAGAGACCUCUCGCUCCUUCAUCAUAAGUUAAAUCAAAGAGUCCUCCCUCUCUCUCUCCUUCAUCAUAAGUUAAUUCAAAGCUGUUGAUGCUUUUAGGGGGUGUGACAAUUUUAUUUGCAUUUUAUUUGUAUAUUUUCAACUUAAAAACACUGUAAAUUUCAUUACUUGCCUUUCAGGUAAAUAAAUAUACCUUUGAUUUCUAUAUCAUGAUUGGCAAGCCAAUUUGAAUUA